AACUGGCGUUGUUUAGUUUUGUAUUUAUCUUCGGCUGUUUCGUAAAAAUUGAUAUUUAUGUUUUUUUCUUUGCCGGCUAGGCGAGUGAGACUUAUCUCGCCGUUGAGUAAUCGCAUAAUUGUUCGUUUGAAAAUGUCUCAGCCAAAGAUGAAACUUUCCGAUGAAGAAAGAUUAACCAAAGUUUCUCCUUUGUUAAAUUCUGGAUGGUCAAUGGUUGAAAAUAGAGAUGCUAUUUACAAAGAAUUCCUGUUUAAAAAUUUCAAUGAGGCAUUUGGUUUCAUGUCUCGAAUUUCCAUGCAAGCUGAAAAGAUGGAUCACCAUCCAGAAUGGUUUAAUGUUUACAACAAAGUUCAAAUAACCCUGAGUAGCCAUGAUGUUAGUGGUCUGUCAGAUAGAGAUGUACGCUUGGCAAAUUUCAUUGAAAAAGCUUUUGAACCUUUUAAAGCAAAAUGAAACAUGUUAGUUUGCAAUUCCAUGUUAUUAAUGUUGCAUUUUCUGUGUGUCUUAUUACAAAUAUAUGUGCCUUGAUGUAUUUCAUUGUUUGAAUUACUGAUACAGAUAUUACUGCAUAUUGCCUUAAUUUUGCACGCUCUUAAUUAUUUUCCCCCUUGUUUUAUAUUUAUGAUACAAAUUUUUAGGAAAUGCUUGUUGCAGUGAUUGUUUACAAGAGUAGUAUGAUGCGUUAAAUUCUAAAAUUAGGAUUGUGUUACUAAUAUUUGUGUCUUGUUGUGCUUGGUGUUUUACAUGUUAUUACAAUAAUUUAUAAAGACAAAUAUAUUUCUUAUCAUCAAAAUAUAUAGUUAUAUUUAAUGUCUAGUUUUUUAUGAACUACUUGACAAAAUUGGCACAUAUUUUAAAUAAAUUAAUAUUUUUAAUUUGUGGCAACAUAUUAUUACCUUAAUGUGUGAAACAUUAUUUUACAUUUUUGCGAGGAAGGUAGUGCAGGUCAUAAUUCUGAUAAUCUUAUCUGAAAUAUCUUAUUAAAGCAUAAAAUAUAAUUUUAUUUUAUACUUUUUCACCUAUCUCAUGAUAAUUUUGUGUAAUAACGAGGUAUUUUAUAAAAUAAUGGAUUUUGUUUUGUUUUAGUGGCAAGAAAUGUAUUUUUCAGUGCAAAUAGAAAAAAAAAAAGCUUCUAUUGUUCGUAUCUAAAUGUGAUUAUGCAGAUGUUUUUAUAAAGCAGUAGUGCUUAAUAAUUCUGAAUUCAUAAUGCAAUGAUUGUUAGAUUUAAAAAGAAAUAUUCUUGCAUAUUGUUAUUUGAAAAUUUUACAUAUUUAAUCUGUUUUGUUUUCAUAUAUAAUUCAUUGUUAAUAUCUUAAACAUAUCAGUUUUACUUCUUUGUUUUGAAAAUAAGUCUAUUGUAUGUUUUGAAAUUUAUUGCUCAUACAUUGCUUUAUAUUUCAUGCAUCCUUGAAUCCUUAGCAGAUAUUAUUGAUUUUAUAAAUAUCUCCUUUAAAUUGUAUAUUUGUAAAAUGUAUAUAGCGCUGCUUAGGUGUAUAAAUUUAUUGUCGAUUACAAAUUGUUUUGUAGUAUUUUUUUUAAAUUGUUGUUUUAUUUUUAAUUUCAUUUACAAAUUAUUCAAUCCCAUAAAGUUUUAAUUUUUCUCAAAUCUAUUAUUUUUCAAUAUUAAUUAUGUAAAAUUAAAUUUGAAAGUUAUGGCAAGAUAUAGAGAGAAAGCAAAAAAGAAACUUCUCAUUUAUUUAAUGUUUAUUAUAUAUAACUUAUAUUAGUAUCAAAUGCAAAAUUAUUGCACUACUAU